UGCUUCUUCUUUCAGACGGGGCUUGAAUCCACCCCACAGAGUGAAGUCGAUUUCAAUGACUACUUUCACGCAACAGGAAAUAGAAUUUCUGCAGAAACAUGGAAAUGAAGUGUGCAAACAGAUUUGGCUAGGCCUAUUUGACGAUAGAUCAUCAGCAAUUCCAGACUUCAGGGAUCCACAGAAAGUAAAGGAAUUUCUACAGGAAAAAUAUGAAAAGAAAAGAUGGUAUGUUCCUCCAGAGCAAGCGAAGGUGGUGGCGUCAGUCCAUGCAUCCAUAUCGGGGUCUUCUGCGAGCAGUACGAGCAGCACGCCUGAGGUGAAGCCGCUCAAAUCUCUCUUGGGAGAAGCUGCACCCACGCUGCACUUAAACAAGGGCACGCCGAGCCAGUCUCCUGUUGUAGUUCGAUCUCAAGGACAGCAGCAACAAGAAAAGAAACAGUUUGACCUCCUCAGUGACCUUGGCUCAGAUAUCUUUGCUGCUGCUCCUCCUCAGUCAACUGCUGCAGCAAAUUUUGCUAAUUUUGCACACUUCAACAGUCAUACAGCGCAGAACUCUGCCAAUGCAGGUUUUGCAAACUUUGAUGCAUUUGGACAGUCUAGUGGCUUGAGUAAUUUUGGAGGUUUCCCCACAGCAAGUCAGUCUCCUUUUCAGCCCCAAAAUACAGGUGGAAGUGCUGGAUCAGUGAAUGCUAACUUUGCUCACUUUGAUAACUUCCCCAAAUCCUCCAGUGCUGAUUUCGGAGCCUUCAACAACACGGCAGGAGCCGGGAAAGCUGCGGUGAAUAAACAGAACCUCCAGUCAGCUGACAAAUACGCGGCUCUUGCCAAUUUAGAUAAUAUCUUCAGCGCAGGGCAAGGCGGUAGCGAGCCGGGGAGCGGCUUCAGUUCCGUGGUGUCGGCCCCAGCAGGUCCUGCCCUGCCAGCUCCAAACCAGCCAAGCGCAUCUUCAGACAAGUACGCGGCUCUGGCUGAGCUAGACAGUGUGUUCAGCUCCACCGCCACCUCCAGCAACGCCUACACUUCCACCAACAACGUUACCAGCAAUGCUUUUGGAACAGUACCAGUGGCUGCCACGGCACAGACACAGCCAGCGUCUUCGAGCGUGCCUGCUCCGUUUGGAGCAACGCCUUCCACAAAUCCAUUUGUAGCUGCCCCUGUUGCCCCAGUGGCACCUUCAACAAAUCCAUUCCAGACCCAUAGCCGAGGAGCAACAGGCCUCUCGGGAGCAAUGCACUCUCACAUAUUUCCUCAGGCUCAUUUUGCAGCAACGUUUGGUACUGCAUCCCUGAGCAUGCCUGCAGGGUUUGGAACUCCUGCCUCCUACAGUCUUCCUACCAGUUUAAGUGGCAACUUCCAGCAGCCCACGUUCCCCACGCAGGCAGCUUUCCCUCAGCAGACUGCUUUUGCCCAGCAGCCCAACGGAGCAGGUUUUGCUGCCUUCGGACAGGCAAAGCCUGUAGUAACUCCUUUUGGACAAGUUGCAGCUGUUGGAGUAUCUCGUAACCCUUUUAUGGCUGGUGCACCUACAGGACAAUUUCCAACGGGAAGCUCAGCAACCAAUCCUUUCUUAUAGCCUUAUAGACACUUUACCCAAAAGAACUCUUAUGUGGUCACAUAACAUCUCUGCGCCUCUUGCACUGUUGUCUUGUUUCACUGAUAUUAGCUUUAAACACAAAAGUCUUUAAGAAGUAAAAAUAAAAGCCUGCAUUGUGUAUCCUUAAAAAAAUCAAAAAAAUAAACAAAAUACACAAACCCUGAGAAAAUCAACCCCCCCACCAGGUAAUAACGUGCAAAACAGAGGGCUGUGGUAACAUCCUUGAACCUGUGAACGAGCAGGUACAAAGUAGCGGUAUCAUGUAUAUUAAAAUUGGCUAAUAAGUUAUUGCAGAUACCACAUUCAUUAUGCUGCAGUACUGUACAUAUUUUUCUUAGAAAAUAGCUAUUUGUGCAUAUCAGUAUUUGUAACUUUAACACAUUGUUUUGUGAAAAAUGUUACUGGGAAAUAGAUCAGCCACUUUACGGUGCUGUUGUAUCUCUUGGAAUGAAUGAGCUACAUCAUUUUAACCAUCGGUGUUGGAAGUCACCAAGUUCAACUGAAGGUUUGUUCAUUUCUCAAAAUGUUUUCCUUUCCUAAGAGCUCUUCUAUUUAUACAUGCCUAAAUCUCUAAUGUUAGAGGGAUACCUGUCUGCAUAAUAAAGCUGAUCAUGUUUUGCUACAGUUUGCAGGUGAAAAAAAAUAAAUAUUAGAAAAAA